GUGCGCACGGCGGCCUCUCACCUCGCCACCACCCUCCCUGGCGUGAGGCGGGUCAGCGACCGUCGGAGCCGCCAGGCACGAGCUGGGGCAGCGGGACGCGCGGACGAGGGGAGCGGGCGCCGCCGCGGGGGACUGUGAGCGGCCCGUCCUGUCCGGCGGCGUUUCCCUUCUCGGCCCAGGGACCCGGCUGCGGGCUCCUUUCGUGGGGGCGGGGCGGGGAGGACCGGGACCGGGACCGGGACCGGGACCGGCGGUUUGUCUGGGGCGGGGCGGGCUGGAGCCGGUGAAUGUAGCUGUUGCCGCUGGCGCGAGCCGCGCGUGCGCCGUAGGUCGUGUUUCGCUGCGGCCGCCCUUGCCGUGGGGGUGGCCCCUGGCCGGGGCGGGGGCUGACUCAGCCGUGCCUCUGCCUGGCUCGGGGCCCUGUCGCCCUACAGCCACGCUUGCUGGUGACGCUCCCCUCCCGCCCCGCGACAGGCCGGCGUUGCAAGGGGUAGCGGCUGGAGGGGGGCGGGCCUAUCACACGUUUAAAGGAACAGGCGGGCCUGUGGCACCUUAGAGACCAACACAUUUAUUCGAGUCGAUCGGUGUCGAUGACCCAGCCGCUCCCAGUCUCCAUUCACACCCAAGUUAACGGUGUCUAGUUUGCAUAUUAAUUAAUUAAUUAAUUCAAGCUCAGCCGUUUCUCCUGGGAGUCUGUUUUUGAAGCUUUUCGCUCGCGAAAUUGCCACACGUCAGGCACCCCCUCCUCACCUCCUCUGGUGGGAGGUGGAGCUGCUGAUGCUCGUUUUGGAACCUGCGCUCUGCCCCGUGGGCAGACUGUUUCGGAAGAGCAGGUCCGCUUCGUUUUGCUACUUACACUGUAGAUGGAAUCAAGCUGUGCGGGGCGUAAGGCAGCCAGCUUAUUUUAUAGCACACGUAGGUGGCUACUGGCUUGCAGGCUGUUCAGGUCCUGAGCUGAAUGGUCUCGUUCUCGCCCUGCUGAGUAAGCCUGUUACAAAACCGCCACGCAGCACUACGUAACUAGAAGUAAAGUAAAUAUGGAGCAUUAUGUGGAAAACUGAGUGAGUUCCUGCAGCUCUUUUUCCUCCUUAUUCCUGGUAUGAUGUGUGUCCAAAAUUCAACACAAGGGUGAUCUCCUCAGAGAAAGAGUGAGCCUAUGCUUCUGCCCAGAGCAGUCAGUUUCUCGCUCACAUGACAGGUGGCAGAUGCCUGUUCAGAUCCCUUCUGGUAGGGCAGAGGGGAGACUUGAACAAGGGCUCUCUCACAUCCUGGGUGAGUAUCCUAACCACUCUGCUAAAGAUUAUAAGGGAGAUCCACCUCCCACUCUUCCCCAGGCCGUUUGUGUGGCAUUAGGCAGCCUCUGCACACACUUACCAGUUCAGGACCUACAGGUGAGUUAGGUUCUCCUCUGCCUAUCUCCCCUGGUUUGUGGAUCUAGCUAGGCCUUAGGCACGAGAUAGGUAGGUAUCCAGACACCUACAGGGAGGCAGCAGUGCACAUGGUCACAGGCAGAAACAUAUGUAGGGAACUUCUACCCUGAAAACUUAGGCACUGAGUGAGUUUAGGCAACCUGCAGAGUUAGGCGGAAGCGAGGGUGUUGGUGUUGUGGCUCACAGUGAUGCCUAAAACUGACACUGAAGUGCCCUUUUUCAAUCUGGGCUUCCUCUCCAAGCUGAAUGUGCAAUUUCAGCAGCUGGCCUAGGGAGUCAGAGAAUAGGAUAUGACUGGAAUCUUUGUUUUUGUGUGUGUGUACGGUGUAAGUAUUGUCUACAGAAUUGUAAAUGCCCCUGAAGAAAACAGCUGUCUGCAUAUUAGUUCCUAAUGGGAUAGGCACUGUCUCUAUUUUCUCCACCCCCAGUUUUGCUACACAGCGCUCUAUAGAUAAGAGACUGGCCAGAUCAGGAUAUGAACUAAAGGCUUAAAAUAAGUAUUGUUUUAUGGUAUUCAUCUCUAACUUUCAUGUAUUAUAUUUUGCAGCUAUAAGGAGUGUAUUGAAUAGCCAGAAGAAUGGCUGCUGAUACAUCUGUUGAAAUGUUUUCAAAAGUUCUGGAAAAUCAAAUGCUUCAGACUACUAAAGUAGUAGAAGAACAGUUGGAUGCUGAGAUUCAGAAAUUGGACCAGAUGGAUGAAGAUGAAUUGGAACGCCUUAAAGAAAGGAGGCUUGAAGCACUAAAGAAAUCCCAGCAGCAGAAACAAGAAUGGCUCUCAAAAGGACAUGGAGAAUAUAGAGAAAUCCCAAGUGAGAGAGACUUUUUCCGAGAGGUCAAAGAGAGUAAAAAUGUGGUUUGCCAUUUCUAUAAAGAUACAACCUUCAGAUGCAUGAUAUUAGACAAGCAUUUGGCAGCACUUUCAAAAAAACACAUUGAAACAAAAUUCCUGAAAUUAAAUGCUGAAAAAUCUCCAUUCCUGUGCGAGAGAUUAGGCAUCAAAGUAAUUCCCACUCUAGCACUAGUAAAAGAUGGAAAAACGCAAGAUUUUAUUGUUGGCUUUACUGAUCUUGGUAAUACGGAUGACUUCACCACAGAAACCUUAGAAUGGAGAUUAGGCUGUUCAGACAUAAUUAAUUACAGUGGAAACUUGAUGGACCCACCUUUUCAGAGCCAAAAGAAAUUUGGAACCAGUGUCACAAAGCUGGACAAGAAAACCAUCAGAGGAAAGAAAUAUGAUUCAGAUUCUGAUGAUGACUAAAAGCUCAGCUAUAAAUCUUUGUAUAUCAUUUUUUGUUUAAGCUUGGUACAUUUCUAGGAAUGUUUUUAUAAAGACUAUUGAUUUCAGUAUGUUUCACAUAGUACUCCAUUUUUCUGUACAGUUUUUUAAACUGAUUCACAUUGGAAGAAAUUCCAACUAUUUGUUUGUCUUUGGAAGUAAGUUGAAAAUCUGAGCCCCUUUGAACCAGGUAUCAUCUGGGAACUGACCAUAAAUUUAAUCUGUUGUUUCAAAACAUUUCCAUAAUCUACAUCUCCUUAUUUUAUACCAUUUAUCAUAUUUUCAAUAAAGGAAACUUAGAGGCAAGAAUUGCAAAUGACUGUUACCGGAGUAGUGCACCUUAAAGCAUUGUUUUAUCUUAUAGUGCUCUAGUGUUAGCAUUGACUAACUUAACUACAUUGGACUAUAAAUUGUAAAACAGUCUUAGCUUUUGUAAAUUUUCAAGUCGAUUGUCAAAAGAAAUUCCCAUUUACCAAGUACGUACACCUCAUGUUGCAGCUGAGCCAGCAUGUAAUAGCACACAACAACAAGUGUACUGAAAACACCUUGCUUGCAGGGUUAUGUAAUAUAAAUUCUGUGGUUGUGAAUUUUAGAGCAGAUGCUUGUACAAGAGAUUAGGCAGGAUAAGAACAUCAGGAGGAACAAUGUUUGUUUUUAAAUUUGAUGCAGUACAUUAUAUUUUAUUUCAUUGUUGCUCUCCAAUAAUAGAUAAGGCCUUAUCUGAAUCGCAAGAUGAUCUUCAAAUAAUUGCGGCCGAGUUACAGACAAGACAUGGAAAAUUGCAGAAAAGUAGUAGGACCUUUUUUUUAAUGGCAGUAAUUUGGAAAAGCCAGAGUAGACCUAUUUCCUGGAACAAUAUAAACACUCAACUAUUAUGUAUGCCUGUAAAUUUUUUAUCUAUAUUACAUUCAUUUAAAAAAAAAAAAGUAACCAGUACCGUAUAAAAUUCAGAAGACUAAAAGUCUUAACACAACUGCAGAAAUCAAGUAAUCACUUUAGCCAUUUACAUAUUACAGGCAUUGAAUGUUAGUGCAGAACGCCCUGCAACAGUGAUCUCCUUCAUGCCCUGUCUGCUUUGUGAAACUGUACGCUCAACAUCCACAGAAUUAGGCAAGAUCAAUAGUGAUUGCUUUGCUGUCUCUGCUAACUCUGGAAAACGCUGUAGAACUGAAGAUCAUUUAAUGUAUUAAUGGGGGGAAAAACGUGUGUUGCAAACCUCAAAUGUAUGCAAAAUUGUGGACUGUGCAAAGUAAGCUAAUUUAAAACAAAAUUGCAGUGGAAGCCUAAUACUCGAAAGCUGCAAAUUCCACAAUAGUGCAAGUGAAGUAGGAUUUUAGUAAUAGAUGUAUUUUUUCAGAAGAGGUCUCUCUCUCGUUGGAGCUCUGAGGCUAGCAUGGAGUUCAGUUUAUCUAGCUGAAGAGUGGAUGGGUUUCUUCUUCAGUUUUUGCUAGUUCUUAAUUGCAGAGCAACUUAACACUAGUUCUUAAUUGCAGAGCAAUGCAAGUCCUCUUGGGGAAUAAAUGUAUGGCACUUCCAGCUCCUUUUUGGCCUAACGAGCAAGAUGAAGACUGGAAAUCUAACCAGUCUCACGUCUUAGGAGUGAAGAACACUUGCCAAUGGGCCAGCCCAGCAAUAUAUUUCUUUCAAGUCUGUAAAUCUCAAUUAUAUUUUGUUCCAAUUCAUGUACAUUGAAAUAAAGUUGUUUGAAUUCGGA